AUGCCUGACGUGAACCCGUCUAGCGUCGUAGUUGCGCCCAAGAAGACGGGCAUUUGUGGUUCCGACAUGCAUGUGUUUCUCGAUGGAGUGGCGGGCGAGUCCAAGUUCGAAGAUCCUCUAAUCCUAGGUCACGAAUCUGCCGGGGUUGUGGCCAAGGUUGGAUCGAGAGUGACCACGCUGAAGGUUGGCGACCGAGUGGCCAUCGAGCCGGGUAUUUGCUGCCUGCGGUGCGAAUUCUGCAAAGGCGGAGAGUAUGGUCAAUGUGGCGACCUCAAGUUUGCUGCUGCCGACGGGUUCGACGGCACCCUUCAGGGAUUCUUCACCAUUCCUGCCGACUGCUGCUACAAGCUUCCAGCAAACGUGUCCAUGGAGGAGGGUGCAUUGGUCGAGCCACUCGCUGUCGCCGUCAUGGCGGUCCACAGCGUCGCCAAAAUGCCGCAUAACGCCAAUGUGGCCGUUUUCGGGGCAGGCCCGGUCGGGCUGCUGACUAUGGCAGUUGCUAAAGCGCUUGGAGCUCGUCGCAUCCUGGCCAUCGACGUCCAACCACACCGACUCGAGUUCGCCAAGGGUUAUGCGGCCACCGACAUCCACGUCGCCAGUCCCAAGGAGCCCGGCGAGGACAACAUGACCUACUCCAAACGUCACGCCAAGAUCAUCAUGGACAAGUUCGGCUUCGGUGAACGCGGCGAGGGCAUCGACCUGGUUGUCGAGUGCUCGGGCGCCGAAGUGUGUGUCCAGACGGGCAUCUGGCUGGUCAAGCGACGCGGCACCUACGUCCAAGUCGGUGCCGGACCCGCGAAUAACUUGAUCCCAAUGUCGAUCUUUGUCAACAAGGAGGUCAAGAUGAUUGGCAGCUUGAGGUACGGUCCAGGAUGCUACGCCAUGGCCAUCGACCUCGUUCGCCAAGGGCGCCUCAACCUCAAACCUCUAUUGACUCAUAGGUUCCCCUUCGCCGAUGCAAUGCUGGCCUUCGAGACCACCCGAAAGGGGACGGGCCCAGAUGGCAAGAUGGCGAUCAAGACCAUCAGUGAGUUUUCCCCGACCUCCUCCAGGCUCAUGUUGUGCGCUGUCUGA